AUGCCAAUCAGUUCAAAUAAGGACAUCAAUGAGCUUUGCCAAGGAUAUUUCCGAGCCAACCAGAAUGGUCAACAAAGGUGCAUUUUGGUAUCAGAAGGAGAUAACAAUGACAAUAGUUUUCAUGCUGCCAAGCCUGACUUUGGAGAUUUGUCUCCUAUAAGAUUCCAGAAUGGUAUGUCUCCAUUCCUUUCUGAGUCUCAAUAUUUAGAAACUAUGGAGGAUGACAGGAUUUUGACUCAAAAAGCCAAGGUUUUCAAUGAGCUGAUAUUAACAGAAGAGAGGGAUCUCUCUGGGACCCCUCUUGCUAGUACUAAUACCAAGCAUGAUCGAUACGCCAACGAAGAAAACUCAAGAGAUAUCUUAGUUAAACAUGCUUCAAAAUCUAUUGAGGGAAAGAACAUUGAAGAAUACCUUGACAAUAUCCAUGCCAGACCAGAGUUUAGGUCCAGAAGAACAAAGCAUGGCAAGCACUACAGUCCUUGCACCAAGCAGAGGGCUAUCACCUUAGCACAGGAGAACGGGAUUCAGGAGGCAUCUACAGCACUAAGCAUUCCAGUGAAUUCCAUCAGAAGGUGGAUGGAAGGUAACCAACUUUGAGUACUUCAAGUAGGAUCGAUUCGUAAAUAA